AUGAGUUCCAUCUUGUCAAACGUCCUUCCGGCUCCGGAAGAUCCUGUUCUCAGUGUUAUUUUUGCCUGUAGGGAUGAUCCUUGUCCAGUUAAGUUGAAUGUGAGUGCCGGUGCCUAUCGAACCGAGGAGGGAAAGCCUCUUGUUCUUGAGGUGGUGAGAAAAGCAGAGCAACAGUUAGCAAAUGACCUGUCUUGUGACAAGGGUUAUCUCCCAAUUGAUGGACUUGCUGAUUUUAACAAAUUGAGCGCCAAGCUGACCUUAGGUGAUGAUAGUCAUGCAGUGGAUGAGAAUAGAGUUGUUACUAUCCAGUGUUUGUCUGGUACUGGUUCUUUGAGAGUCGGAGCUGAGUUUCUAGCAAAACACCACCAACAACGAGUCGUUUUCGUUCCAAAUCCAACUUGGGGGAACCAUCCCUUUAUUUUCACAUUGGCGGGUUUAUGUGUAGAGUAUUUCCGUUACUAUGAUCCGCAAACCCGAGGACUGGACUUCGAAGCAACAUGCCUCUUUUUUAAUCUUAAUUGUCAGGGUUUUGCUAGUGGGAACCUUGACUCAGAUGCACAAUCGGUGCGUAUGUUUGUUGCUGAUGGAGGUGAAUGUUUGAUAGCUCAAAGUUUUGCCAAAAACAUGGGUCUUUAUGGUGAGCGUAUUGGUGCUCUUACCAUUGUAUGCACCUCACAAGAUGUGGCUAGGAAAGUUCACAGUCAAGUGUUACUUGUUGUUAGACCUAUGUAUCUUAGCCCACCAAUUCAUGGAGCAUCCAUUGUUACCACAAUUCUUAAAAACAGUGAUAUGUACAAGGACUGGACUAUCGAGCUGAAAGGCAUGGCUGACCGCAUCAUAAGCAUGCGCCAACAGUUAUAUGAAGCUAUACAAGCUAGAGGUACACCCGGUGAUUGGAGUCACAUUAUCAAACAGAUUGGGAUGUUUUCUUUUACAGGACUGAAUGAGAAGCAAGUUCGCUGGAUGGCCAAAGAAUAUCACAUUUAUAUGACUUAUGAUGGGAGGAUAAGCAUUGCAAGUCUAAGUUCAAAGACGGUGCCUCAACUCGCUGAUGCUAUACAUGCUGCAGUUACCCGCAUUGCCUAA